AUGUCCAAGCAUCAAGAUUUCGACCUCCUGAAACCUAUAACCACCUCACCACCACAACGACCUCGUCACCAAAUAAGACGGUCGAUAACUGAACUAUCUUCGCCAAUCAAGUUACCCCGGUAUCACCACUUACAUCAUCAGCGAAAGGAUCGCGACAACGAUGACAACAAUCCCCAAUCCGCAAACCCGAUGCAUCUUCACCUGCCACGAGGCUCAUUUGAGCUGCCACGAUCUGAGGGUACCACGCCAUGCGCGAAUUCCGAAACGACCCUCAAAUUCAGCAUGCUGAACCCUUCGUCUGACGAUGCUACGCGUAGCACCAAACAUACCGCCCUUGUACCAAACGCGGUAACCGAAGACGAGUUGGCGCAUGAGGAGAAAGAGAAAGUAGCAACAAGUUUAGCGGGGUUAAGAAAGUCACUUGUAGAACUAGGGGAUUUUUCGAUUUCCACGACGAUGCGCCUGGAUGAUACAUAUUACUCUGUCCUCGAAAGGCUGCGCAUACUUCAGAACACGAUAGUAUCCCUUAAAGGACUCACAACCAUGUCUCAGGAGCUAGACGAAAGCUUCAAGGCAGAGUCGCAAGGGCUAGUAGACGAGUUAGAGCAGCAAGCCAAGUCGUUCGGCCACUUCGAUGAUCAGCAGAGACGGAUCGAGGAACUACAGGGUCGCAUACACGCAGGCCGCGACAUGGUCGAAACUCUCAGCAAACGGGUAGAUGUAGUACGAGAGCGAAUCGAAGGCUGGGAAAGAGCAGACAUGGAAUGGCAAGAAAAGACAAGAAAACGCCUCAAGAUCGUAUGGAUUAUCACGUCUGUGAUAGUUUUCUCACUAAUCCUUUUACUGGUCAUAGCCCAGUAUGCGCCUUCGUCUGGUGAUAUCUCAGGGGUUCCCGACUUGACAUCAAGCAACGAACAAGGAAAACCUGAUCUAGGCAACAUAGUUGGUAACCCAACCAUAAACGCUGCCGCUUUGGUGGACGAGAUGAGAGAAGCACUCAAUAGCCAAAAUGCCACCAAGUCUACCGGGAAUGGUGUUCUCCGAGCUCUGGACGAGUUAUGA